AAUCUCAAAGUUUUACUCAUAAAAACCCUAAAACCCACCUUAUACAGAACAAGAAGAAGAACCAAAAACCCUAAAAAAAAAAUGACGCAAAAAGGUAAUCUUUUCAAAGGCAAACAAAAGCAGAAAACAAUUCCUCCCAGUCGCCAUGGAAAAACUACUCAUACUCGAAAAGGGAAAAGAGUUGUGAAGCCUUCCAAAGUUACAAAAGAAAUGGAUUCUGAUCGAGAAUUAAGCAAGUUCAUUAACCAUUGCAUCGAGGUGAAAGCAGCCGCUAUUGCUAACAAGGAAGGUGGUCAACUUAGUAUUGUGAAAUCUGCUACUGAAUCUGCUGCCAAUAAAUAAGUUUAUAACAUAGGAAUAACAUGUAGAAAUUCGAAGUCUUUUGUAACAUGUCCAGGACCUGCCUGUUUAGGUGGUAUCUCGUCAUUUUUAUUUAACUCGUCCUCCAUGAGCUUGUCAGGGAAAACAUGAUCAAGCAUUUUUCGCUCUAUCGCUCAAUGACAUGAUACUGGCAGUGAUAGUUCGAUCUGUUCUGUUUUUAACCUUACAAAAUGAGAUUUUUAAGGAAUACUUACCUGUUGGUUUUACGGGAAGUUGGUUACAUUCA